GACUUGUAAAACCUUAACUAAUAGGACACAGCAGGUUUACGCAAAAAAAUUUAUGAAUCAAUCAACAACGCAAUGUCUCAUUACGCUUUUCCAAAGAGUCGUUGGCAAUGAUAUACGUAUAUAUUUUUUGUAAUUGUACAAUGAGUUUGUGUUGUGUUCUUGCACGCACACACACGCACACACACAGACGACAUGACUAAUCAAGGAGUGAAUGAAUUUCAUUAGUUCUGAUCAUAUUGUGAGUUGCUCUGUGACUCCUGUUUAUUCUCUCAACUCAUCAUGGCCCACUUUUCCUGUUUUGCCUUCUUCCUCAGUUAGUAAAGAACUGUACUGUAUUUUCUGCCCACCGUGCAAGCACCAUGCACACGGAACACAGAUAACCAGUGAAAGGCAGCUGAGUGAUAAUGAAGUCAAACAAUACCAUUGUUCAAACCACACGGUAGUUGUUUUAUAGUCAAAUGAGCGGCUGUCCUUUCUUUUGAGCGCUGACCCAAGCAGGGAGCAUUCAUUCACUGGUGCACAUCGGCGUGUUGGUUUCAUGACAAACGUGUAGGAAUGGAGACAAAAUCAUGUAUUGAUCUACAUCUGGACUCAGCUGAAGGAGGCCUGAAGGAGCUAGUGCUUCAAUGGUUCAUUGGGACACAGGCACAGAUCAUAUUACAAAAUGGAAACUUUCCUGACUGGUUUCAAGGAUUCACAGGAAGAAAGCAUGCAGAGGAUCUCCUGGGAGAUAAAGUUCUGGGAUCUUUUCUCAUCCGCCUCAGUGAUAAAGCCAUUGGCUACAUCCUUUCCUACAAGGGCCUUGACAGGUGCCGCCAUUUUGUUAUAACUCAAAACCAAGAGGAACUUUUUUUCAUAUCAGGUGACUGUCACACUUUUUCCUGCAUCGCUGACCUGAUAGAUCAUUACAAAAUCAGCCCCAUCCAGCCAUUUGGAGAAUACUUGACAUCCAGCUGUUAUGAGUCAAACGCAGGUGAACUGUAUGAUGUGGUGAAUUACAACAGCAAAGGGGAAUCAGCAGUAAGUGUCCAGGCUUUGCGGAGUCUGUGGGACCCGAAUGAGAAGAGCGGUGCUGAAAACAAUCAAAAGAUCCAGGAACAAACUGGUGGUGUAUGCACCAUAUUUCAGCCACCUGCACUGCCACCUAAAUCCAGAAAUAAAAAAUUGACUGCAACCGUGUCUGUAGACUCCAUCUCCCUGUCUCAGACUCCUGCUGUUCCAAAAAGGGGUGUUCCACUGGCAUUCUCCCUUAGUGGAUCUUUUUCUGAUAUGAACAGAGCAGAAAGACUCAGGGGUAAUACAAGCUCGAUAACCGGUCAGACUUCACUUUUAAACACCAACGCAAGCUAUCCUGGUGGCCAUGUGGCUCACUCUCAGCAGACGCCUGUGGGUAGCAGAAGCAAAUCUGUGCCAAUGCUAAACAAAAAUAAACCGGAUCAGCAAGAGGAGACCUAUUCAAACCAGUUUGACAGUCAAUCAUUCACAGUCUCAGCAUCUCAAUCCCACGCCACUGCCAAGAGGGUAACAUGCCACACAUAUUCACUUCAUGACCCCACAGUGUCUUUGAGACAGAGGGAUGAUCUUGAAUUGCUUAGUGCCAACCCACUGUACUAUACCUCUGAAAGACCUGAAUGGAGUUCAGGCUCUCUGAGAGCCACCAUGUAUGCUGAGAUUCAGCAGGAGCCAGCAAUUGCCACCUUCCCCAACUAUGAGCAGGUCCCCGGCAAGUCCACUGAAAACCAGGGAAACACUUACGAGUCGUUUGAUGACGUAAAGACCAAGCAGUCCAAAUCUACAUGGGGAAAAAAUCCCAAGGUUAUGGACUGGAUCGGCAGUUGCAGCGCGGUUGCCCCGGACAAGCCCGUGUCAGAGAAGCCUUUCGGUAAACCGAGCCAUUUCCGAAUGUAG